AAGAUUAGACAAACCACCGAAGUCUUAGAUUAUGUUCGUUACGGUGUUACUCGCCAUAUUGGCCAUCGUCAUCCUACACUUUUCUCUGUUGCACUAUGGAAAAGUGGGGAGGCUGAUCAACUCGAUACCUGGGCCUCAAGCAUUCCCGAUUGUUGGGAAUAUGCACAGCCUCCAAAUUUCAUCGCACGAACUUUGGACGUUCCUUCGAAGUACCAGCAAGCAAUACUAUCCAAUUUUUAGGGUUUGGAGUUUCACGUUUCCGUUUCUCAAUAUUCGUCAUCCGGAUGAUGUUGAAACUGUCCUCGGGAAUACUAAGUUCAUUCAGAAAAGCGAAGCUUACAAUCUUCUGAAACCUUGGUUUAACACUGGACUUCUUACCAGCUCAGGACGCAAAUGGCAAGUCCGCCGCAAGAUAUUGACGCCUGCGUUUCAUUUCAACGUGCUUCAAGAAUUUGUUGAUAUUUUUAACGAGGAGGGGGAUCGUUUGAUUGAAUUGUUGAAGAGCGAGGGGGGACCUUGCGUGAAAGAUUUGUUGUAUCUCUUCAGCGAGCAUACACUGAACGUGAUAUGCGAAACUGCAAUGGGAAGUUCGUUAAAGGAUAAAGGGCAGUUUCAAUAUAAGUAUCGUAAAGCCGUGCACGAUAUGGGUAAAGUUUUGGUAUACAGAUUCGUAAGACCAUGGUUGAUAUACAAUUUUGUCUUCAAUCUUGUUCCCCAAGGAUGGCGACAAACUAAAUUACUAAAAAUAUUACAUAGCUUUACUAAGCAGAUCAUUCAAGAACGAAAAGAAUAUCACGAGCAGACCGAUGGUCAGUAUCUGAGUUUUAACGAUCCUGUAAGUGAGAAGAAUGACCGUGUUGAUGGAAUUCGUAAAAAGAGACUUGCCAUGCUUGAUCUGCUGUUGGCAGCCCAUCGGGCUAAUCAGAUAGAUGACGAGGGUAUCAGAGAGGAAGUUGAUACAUUUAUGUUUAGAGGACACGAUACCACGGCUAUGGGUAUUUGCUUCGCUGUUAUGCUUCUUGCUGAACACAAGGAGAUACAGGAUCAGGCUAGGAUCGAAGUAACAACCGUUCUGAAUGAAAAUGGUAAUAAAAUGACCAUGGCCGUUCUUCAGAAAUUCACAUAUUUGGAUAGGUGUAUCAAAGAGACCCUUCGGCUUUAUCCAAGCGUGCCUUUUAUAUCUCGUGCACCGGAAACAGACGUGCAAUUAAGUAGUUUUAUGGUGCCCGCUGAAACUAUGGUCCACGUACACAUAGCCGACGUCCACAGAGACCCGUUGUACUGGCCAAAUCCGGAUGUUUUCGAUCCGGACAGAUUUUUACCUAAAAACUGCAUUGGACGACAUCCUUAUGCUUACGUACCUUUCAGCGCUGGUCCAAGAAACUGUAUUGGACAACGAUUCGCCAUGUUGGAAAUGAAAACAACCUUAGGACUUCUCUUAAAUAAUUUCUCUUUCGAGCCUGUAACAUAUCUUAAGGAUGUUAAGAUGAACACGGAUCUGGUAUUGCGACCGGGACAUCCAGUCCGAACGAAAUUCAUUCCUCUUACAUGUUGAUUACUUGUAAGCGGCAUAUACGACAAUGUCAGUGACAACAAUUACAAUAACAUGCUCCGAAUAGGGAUGUAUAGGUCGAUCACGCGAAACUGAAGCUUCUAGAAGGAGUUUUAGGAUCAGAAACUGAGAGACAGAGAAGAACUUGGAACGUCCUCUAUAAACGUCUACACUUCUAUGAACAAUGGGA